AUGCAGGAUGGCAGCCCGAUGAGCCUGGUGGCGGUGCAGGCGGGGGGCAGCGCGCGGCCGCGACCGAAGACCUUCCGGCGGCGCCGCGCCUCCGAUGUCGACAGCGCCCGGACGCCCCCCGCUGGGACGGAGCCCAAGCGCGCGCGCAAGGCCGCCCCCCGCGGCGAGGAGAACAGCGCGGACAAGGCGGCGGCCAAGUCCAUCCUGCAGCUGAGCCAGGGCAACGAUACCGACGCGCCGCUCCCGGGACGUGCCGGGGCCGCGGGGCUGGACGGCGACGGCGCGGACCGCGGGCGCGCGGGGCUCGACCCGGCGCUGCCGGACAUCCUCCCGCUCGCCGACGACGACAAGGUGCCGCACGCGCCGCACGUGGACCUCCUGCAGCUCUCGCAGGACGAGAAGAAGGUGUACUACGACCCGACGCUGCUGACCUCCCAGCCGGGGGCGUUUGGCGCGCUGGGGACCCUCGACGACGGGCCGUUCGGCGGGACGCAGCCGCAGGCGGGGCGCCGGCACGACUCCACGACCGGCUCGCACUCGCACCAAGCCCGCUCCGGCACGGGCUUCCCGAAGGACCUCCCCCCGCCGAGCCUGUUCAGCGACGUGGACCCGGCGCUGCUCCCCUUCUCCACGUACGAACGGCACCAGACGUCGGCCCCGAGCACCGCGACGACGACGCCGCAGAAGGGCCGGCGCGCCGCGGCCACCCGCCGCGGCCCGAUGGACGAGAUGCGCCAGCUGGUGCGCAUCCUGUGCAAGGUGAUCCCCGCCAGCGCGCCGCUCCUGGGCAUCGACACGCCGUCGGACCGCGGGAGCGGCAACCGCAUCACCGAGGAGCAGAUCCGCGGGUACCUCGACGCCGUCCUCGGCGACGAGGCCCCGCGCCCGCAGUGGGGCGUGCCCCGGGGCUGGCGGCACUACCUCGCCGAGCUGUUUGCCUGGAUGCUCGGGCGGCCCGUGACCGAGGAGCAGGCCGGGGCGUGCGCGAACCGCCUUCCCGGGCGCGCGUGGGACCGCGUCGACUCGGCGCUGCGGGCGCUCGGCCUCGCGCCCAGCACGUGGACGCUCCCGCUCACGCGCGGCGGGGGGGGGCGCGUGGGCCCGCCCGCGGGGGGCUCCGAGGGCGGCGCGAAGCCCGGGACGUCCGCGGACGGCGCGCCCGGGACGUCCGCGCCGAGCUCGCGCGCGGACCUGGCGGCGUGCGGCCUCGACGAGGUGCUGGCGGCGCUGCGGGCCAAGGUGGUCGCGGACCCGGCGCUGUGGGACGGCGUCGCGGCGCACGUGCAGGCGACGUGGGAGCAGAUCGGGCGGCCGCAGUCCGCGCGGGCGACGCAGAAGGGCGAGGCGCUGGCGCUGGCGCUGGGGCCUGCGGCCGAGAGCGGCCCGCCGCCCGUGGAGGAGGAGGCGGGCCCCGGGUCGGUGAGCGAGGGGCGCGCGGGGUCGGACGGCGCGCAGGAGGCGAGGGAGGCGCCGGAGCGCGAGGUGGUGACGCUGUGCGCGGGCAAGGUGCAGUCGCCGUGCCUGCAGGCGGCCAAGGCGAAGCACGAGCGGUCGCCGUGGCGCCCGCAGAGGGCGGGGCUGUACACGUGA